GAGGGAGGGGGGUAACAUCUCAGGGGCAGAAGCUUUCUUUUCUACCCCCCUCAGCAGGAGCAGAGAGCCAGAGAAAGGAAGAAAGAAAGAGCAGUGAAGAGAAGAGGAGAGCAGAGGCAGCGUGCUUUUUUUCCGAAAAGAAAGGAGCUUGGGGUUUUCCUUCUCUCGGUUUUGCUUUGCGCCGCUUCUUCCUUUGGAGGAUCGCCGGACGGGAGAGUGGACUUACAGCGGACGGGACUUCCACGACUGGCUCCAUCGAAGCUGCAUGAAGCCAGCAUCUGUCAGCCCCUGCCACAUUCAGCGGCUCUUGGCCUGACACCCCAGCGCUUUGAUGAGGUAACAGCAGGCACCAGCCGACCGACCCACCCAACUUAGCUCCACCCCCUUUCCCCACCCCUUCCCCUCUCCCCCUCCACUGAGGAACCAUGGGUCAGAAGAUCUCUGGCAGUAUCAAGUCAGUGGAUGUGCGGGGUGAGCCCUCAUACCGCCCACUGCGAAGGGAGCUCCGUGGGCCGGACUUCUUCAAGCCAGCCCGGCUGGACCUGCUGCUUGACAUGCCACCGGCACCCUAUGAGCUGCAAUUGAGGCACGCAUGGAAUGCUGAUGACCGCUCACUCAACAUCUUCAUCAAGGAAGAUGACAAGCUGACCUUUCACCGGCACCCUGUGGCCCAAAGUACGGACUGCAUCCGCGGGCGUGUGGGAUACACACGGGGCCUCCAUGCCUGGCGCAUCCACUGGCCUGCACGCCAGCGGGGCACACAUGCUGUAGUGGGAGUGGCCACCGCUGAGGCACCCUUGCACUCGGUGGGGUACACGUCCCUGGUGGGCAGCGACAGCGAGUCCUGGGGCUGGGACCUGGGCCGCAACAAGCUCUACCACAACAGCAAGAACCGGCCGGCCUCGUCGGCACCCACAUACCCCAGCUUCCUAGAACCCGAGGAGGCCUUUGUGCUGCCCGACACCCUGGUGGUGGUGCUGGACAUGGACGAGGGCACACUCAGCUUCAUGGUGGAUGGACAGUACCUGGGUGUGGCUUUCAGAGGGCUCAAAGGGAAGAAGCUGUACCCUAUUGUCAGUGCUGUUUGGGGACACUGUGAGAUCACCAUGCGCUACAUCAACGGCUUGGAUCCGGAACCCCUGCCUCUGAUGGACCUGUGUCGGCGUGCGGCACGACUGGCCCUGGGUCGGGACCGACUGCAGCAGAUCGAGACUCUCCCUCUGCCCCAAUCUCUGAAGAAUUACCUCCAGUACCAAUGAGCUGGACAAGAAGGGCGCAUACACUCAGACUCAAAGAGCGCAGGCCUGAGGUGCAGCUACUGUAGCGCCAUUACCAGGCUGCUGAGGGCACAUGUUUACAUUGAGAGCUGUGGCUAUCUGGUGGACACUUGUGGACUAAUCCCUCCUCCCCCCUUUGAUUUCCCCCUCUUGGAAUGAUUUCUUUAAAUUAUUGAUGGUAGGAAAGAAGUAGACGUACCUCUACAUGCCUGCAGCACCCCCUGCUGGUGGGUGACGUGUAAAGUCUCUCCCUGGACGUUGCAGCACAUACCUCGACGCUUGGGAAAGCACACUAACCUUGGGAUGCCUUUGAGAGCUUACAGCGAUGCUCCUAUGUUCCAGAAGCCAGGCAGCCUGCGAGGCAAAGCCUCGGGAGGCUGCAGCCCGCAAGCCAAGCACCUAGAGGCCAGACUUAGCAGAUGCUGUCGAGCCUUUUGCACCUCUUGGUGGCAGUGCAGUGUCCCAGAUGGUGCCGAGCAGGUCUUACCCCACGCACAACAAUGACAACAGGCCAUCGCUAGCCCACAUUAUCCACAAUGCUACUGAGACUGCUAAGACUGACAGAACUUACGUAGUACCUUAAGGAAAGUAGGUUAACAGGUGUAUACAUGCAACAUAAAUACUCCAAAAAAGUAUCGAGCAUUUUCUUUUCCUUUUUAUUCUUUUCUAUUCCUGAGUUUGUACCCUAAUUUUAAUGCGUGUGCAUCUCCUCCCAGGCUGAUGGUUAUGAUGAUGACUAUACUGCGAUGUUAUUGCUAUGUUUUAUUUAUCUGGAUCUAGUUCCUUUUUAAAGAGUAUGAGGGUGUGCUAACUGGAGCACCCUCAGAAAUCCAUCACGUAUGGCUUUUUAUUUGAAACCGUGAUGCUGCUUUUAUUAUUAUUAUUAUUAUUAUUAUUGUUAUUAUUAUUAUUAUUAUUGAUACUAGUGUAUCUGCCUGAUCAGAUGGAAGACCUUCUGUGGCAAACAGUGGAAUGUAAGGACAUCGCUGAUGUUAGCAUAUUCGAAAUGUGAAUAAAAUCCAAGUGAAUGAG